AUGUCAAAUUCUAAUGCAAAUAACUUGAACAAUGAUUCCAGCAAUAAUGACAGUCAAACUACUGUUGUAAUCCCUCCUUUUCUUUCUGAUGCUCAAAACCUAGAUGAAGCAACUUUGACAAACAAAUUUAAACAAUUACAUAUGAAUGACCAAGAAAGGCAACGUAAAGCAGAAGAUCAAGUCAACAAGUAUAGUAUGAGUGUGGCACUUGAUCCAAAUGUUUCAAAGUACAACCGAUACAGUAAUGUGCUCCCAUUCAACUAUAACAGAGUGAAGUUGAUACGUAAACGUCCGGGCAGAACUGAUGAUUAUAUUAAUGCAAGUUAUAUCAGAGCACCAUAUGAUGUUAAAAAGUAUAUAGUAACUCAAGGACCAAUGAAAAAUACAUUGGAAGAUUUUUGGUUGAUGAUUUGGGAACAGAACUCGAAAGUUAUUGUGAUGUUGACCAAGGAACAAGAAAAAAAUAUUAUCAAAUGUGACAAGUAUUGGCCUGACUUGGGGAGUCCAGUCAUUUAUAAAAAUUCAGGACGUGUUACUCAAUUACAUUUUGUUGGAUGGCCCGAUCAUGGAGUGCCUGAUUCACCAGAAAAUAUACUUAAUCUAAUUCGAAAAACUGAUGAUUUACAAAAGAAAUACAUAAAUGAAGAAGCACAUCUAUUAAAUAAUACUAGCAAUAACAAUGAUAAUAAUACUGAUCUUAUACAAGACUUAGUUGGAUAUUUUAGAGAACAACGUGUUAUAAUGGUUCAAACACUUGGGCAAUUUCAGUAUUGUUAUUUGGCGGUUCUAAGCAAUCUUGUCUGCAAACGGUAA